CGAGCACCCUCACUCAACCUCAGACAAGCAUCCUUGGCCACUCAUGUCCACCCAGGAAGGUCUCAACCAUAAGCGCAGUAUCCAGGACACUCCAGCCGACCUUACCAAAAUGCAGUUAGUCCGACAGCGACUCUCUGCAUUACAGGGAGAGUUGGGCGGUGAGGCCGAAAUGGGGGAGAUCAUGAGACACCUCGAUGCGCUGCAAGACAUUUUCAGCGAUACAAAGAAGCUGACAAUUCCGUUUUCUUCGGUACAGCAAUCCGACCUCGAGAAAAUGGGACUGGAGCGGAAGGUUUUCCGACUCGAUAGAGCUGCACUGGAGGCACGCAUUGAAAAAUCUGAUAUCGAAGUGAAAUACAUAGAUGCUCUCUGCUUGCAGAUCAGCCGAAUCCGACGUUCGACCAGCAAGAGAUCUGGAGCAGGCGCUCGAAUGGUCCUCGAUGCCAUUCUUCUGACGAUCGCCGACAUAUCCUUUGACGCGAAAGAAAAGCUCCCGGUGGCAAUUUUCCCAUAUAUGCGAAUUGCAUCUGGCGAUGGUGUGUUGGUGAAGAACGCUAGGGACGGGUUUGAGGUGUACCUCAUCGGGAAUGUUGAUUACGGGAUCUGCACUUACCAAUACGAGGAAUAUCGCGUUGUGGUGCUCGGCUCUUCGCUUGACCAUCUUAUGAUCUAUACCAGAAAUCCAAUCAUGUUAGUUGAAGCGAAGGUUGAAAUGUUGAUAGAUUACUUGCCACAAGCUACUAGUCAGGCUGUUGCUUUGAGCGAAGUCACAGGCACUAAGACUGUUCGGUAUUGUUUGUCUGAUGGAGACGCAUGGAUGUUUCUGGUAUACUCUCGUGAUGACGAAGGAAAUCGCAUCUCGUACGAAGGCCCAGUACUCACCAUCGACAAGAGAAAUCUCCGAAGCCUCGUGGAACUAUUGUAUCAUUGGCUGAGGGCUGACGGCGAUAUCAAGAGUGACCCCUUGUUCGAGUUUUAAUCAUUGGCCUUAGCUGCUCUCCCUUGUGUUUAUCCUUUCCUCGUGUUGUUUAUAUGAUUUUUCUGUCUAUGGCUGCAUAGGUAAUCUCCGACAUGUGGGCUGACAAACGUCCCCCAAUUGUACU